UCUCUGACACAAUCAAGCUUCUCAUCGCCUUCGCAGCACCCUGGGGCGUAGUGUUUGAAUGUUCGCCAAGGGAUCUGUUUCCGUGAGGAAGUAUAGACGCAAUAAGUUGGCGACUUGCCAGGUUUCUUGAGUGAUUCUUUGCGUCGGAACACUUGCGUUAUGCCCGAGGAACAAUGUGCGAGGAGCUCUGGACACCAGGAACUCUCUCCGAUGCAAAGGUGCGCGACCCACUGUCUGCACUUGUUCGUCUGGGUUGCCGUGGUCGCGUACGCAAUGGUGCAUUUCGCCACCAGCGAAGUCAACACAAGCCUCCCGCAGAAGCUGAGCCAUGUCGUGGGUGGCACGCUCAUCCGGAGCCCGUACUACGGCGUCACAAGAUACUGGGACCUGACUGACCGGGAGUGGAGGGAGGGAAGGCACUUCCUCGUCACGGCCUGGCCCUGGCUUCUGCUGCACUCUGUCAUCGGUAGGGCACUCGCCCACCUGGUGCCGUCUCUGGUGCCCGGGUACCACGUGACCUACUCGCUGGUCUUCAUGUCCCUCAACUUUGGCUGGCACAGCGCCGCCCUCUUCGUCUUGGAACACGGAGUGUUCUUCGCCCUGUCCUGGAUCGGCGUUCCCGCGCUGUGCUACGUGGUGGCCAUGGCCAUGGUGACACACUACGAUGUGUUCAAGCUCGACUUCUUUGAGGUGAGUGGACCGGUCUCGGGUCGGGCCAGUAUAACACCGAGGUGGGUCACCGUCAACACGCGGCAGUCGGGAGAUUUCGAGGGGCCUGUCAGAACGGCUCUAGAAACAAGUGUUUGA